GGGGCCGAGCUGGGCCGGGCCAGGCCGAGGGACUCUGCAGGCAGGGCACUGCUCCAGGAGCCCCGCUGCUGCCCACGGGGCCGGGCCCACCUAACCCCCGACUCCAGGGGUGCCCACGUGUGGGUCAGGGACCUCUGCUGAUCCCGCUUGGGCUACCCUGGAAGGGCCCGGGCCUUAGCCCCAUGCUCCUGACUCCUGGGCACACUCCUCAGGACGCUCCUGCUGGGUGCUGGCGCCACUUGGUCGGGGACAGCUGAGUUGGCCAGGAGGCCCACGAGCCCGAGAAAGCUGCAAGGAGAGCGGGGGAGGGACAGGAGGACGAGGGGUGCAGGGGCUGGGGACUAGCCUUUUGGUCCCUGGAAGAAGAAAGCGUGAAAACGGGCUUCUCUAAAGGACUCAUUUGGGGGAAGAGUUGACUGUGUCCACGAUGAUCCCCUGCGGAGCGGCCGUGUCGUUCGCCCGGUGCCUGAUUCGGAGAAAAGUCGUCACGAUGGACAGUCCCGAGGACUCCAAACUGUGCCGCUGCCUGUCCACCAUGGACCUCAUCGCCCUGGGCGUGGGCAGCACGCUCGGGGCCGGUGUGUACGUGCUGGCCGGAGAAGUGGCCAAAGCAGACUCGGGCCCCAGCAUCGUGGUGUCCUUCCUGAUCGCUGCCCUGGCUUCGGUCAUGGCUGGCCUCUGCUAUGCGGAGUUUGGGGCCCGUGUGCCGAAGACUGGCUCGGCGUACCUGUACACCUAUGUGACCGUGGGCGAGCUCUGGGCUUUCAUCACGGGCUGGAACCUCAUCCUGUCCUACGUGAUAGGCACCUCUAGUGUGGCGAGAGCGUGGAGUGGCACCUUCGAUGAACUUCUCAGCAAGCAGAUUGGCCAGUUUUUCCGAACAUACUUCAGGAUGAAUUCCACCGGCCUGGCGGAGUAUCCGGAUUUCUUUGCGGUGUGCCUUAUCCUGCUUCUGGCAGGCCUGUUGUCUUUUGGAGUCAAAGAGUCUGCCUGGGUGAACAAAGUCUUCACUGCGAUUAAUAUUCUCGUCCUCCUCUUCGUUAUGAUUGCCGGCUUUGUGAAAGGCAACGUGGCCAACUGGAAAAUUAGUGAAGACUUUCUGAGAAACAUUUCAUCAGCUGCAAGAGAGCCCCCUUCAGAGAACGGGACCAGUCUUCAUGGGACUGGGGGUUUCAUGCCCUAUGGCUUUGCCGGGACACUGGCGGGAGCAGCAACCUGCUUCUAUGCCUUCGUGGGGUUCGACUGCAUCGCAACCACUGGUGAGGAAGUCAGGAACCCCCAGAAAGCUAUUCCCAUCGGAAUCGUGACUUCUCUGCUGGUCUGCUUUAUGGCCUACUUUGGGGUUUCGGCGGCUUUGACUCUCAUGAUGCCGUAUUACCUUCUCGAUGAAAAAAGCCCCCUCCCUGUGGCGUUUGAAUACGUCGGAUGGGGGCCCGCCAAGUACGUGGUGGCCACAGGCUCGCUCUGUGCUCUGUCCACCAGUCUCCUGGGCUCUAUGUUCCCUCUGCCCCGCAUUCUGUUUGCCAUGGCCCGCGAUGGAUUACUGUUCAGAUUUCUGGCCAAAGUGAGUAAGAGGCAGACCCCGGUCGCUGCCACGCUGACGGCAGGGCUCAUCUCGGCUGUGAUGGCGUUUCUCUUUGACCUGAAGGCUCUGGUGGACAUGAUGUCCAUCGGGACUCUGCUGGCUUACUCUCUCGUUGCUGCCUGCGUGCUCAUCCUCAGGUACCAGCCUGGCUUCCAGAGCUACGAGCAGCCCAAAUACUCUCCUGAAAAGGAAGCCCUAGCGGUGGCCAAGCCCACGACCAAAAGUGAAUCUCAGCUCAGCAUGCUGCAGGGAAAUGGCUUCAGUCUGCAGUCACUCUUCAGCCCAUCCAUCUUCCCCACCCCGCAGUCUGCCUCUGUCGUCAGCUUUCUGGUGGGGCUGCUAGCUUUUCUGGUGUUGGGCCUCAGUAUUCUGACCACCUACGGGGUCCAAGCAAUUGGCAACUUGGAAGCCUGGAGCCUGGCCCUGCUGGUCGUGCUGAUCGUUCUCUGCACUGCCAUUGUCCUCAUCAUCUGGAGACAGCCCCAGAACCAGCACAAAGUGGCCUUCAUGGUGCCGUUUCUGCCUUUCCUGCCGGCGUCCAGCAUCUUGGUGAACAUUUACCUGAUGGUACAGCUGAGUGCCGACACCUGGGUCCGGUUCAGCAUAUGGAUGGUUCUCGGUUUCCUGAUCUACUUUGCCUAUGGCAUCAGACAUAGCCUGGAAGGCCUCCCUAGGGGUGAAGAAGAGGAGGAAGAGGAGGAAGAUGCAUAUUUGGAAGCAAGCGGUGGCACGUUGGAGGUGAAGAGUGCCUUUGCAGCCAGGGAGCUGCACCCUGAGAACGAGCACACCCACUUCCUCCUUCAGGAACGAACCAGCCAGUGUUGAUGCCGCAGCGCCAAGGCGGGGAGCGUGCGCAGCGGAGCAGCUCAAUCAGUCGGUUGUGAGUCUGCUGCCGCCCUUGAACUCAACUGCCCUUGUGCAUCGUGGUGACCCACCCGCAGUGUGGCCCUUUCCCAGUGUGGCCCACCUGCUGUGUGGCUCGUUCCCAGCCCUCCCACGGUGUGGACUGCCCUAGUGGGGCUGAACCCAGCGUGGCCCGUCCCCAGCAUGACAGGAUCCCAGCAGUGACCCACGGCCAACCUAGGGUGGCCUUCUCCCAGGGUGACCCAUCCACCAUGACCUGACCCCAAGCCCAGCCCAUUCCCAGCGUGGCCCGUCCCCAGCAUGGCCCUCCUGCAGUGUGGCCCCUCCUGUAGUGUCGACCCACCCUCAACAUGGACCGUCCUCAACAUAACCCAUCCCCACCGUGGCCAAGCCAGUGUGGCCUGCCCCCAGUGUGACCGAACCCCAGCGAGAGCCAACCCAGCGUGGCCCUGCCCAGCGUGGCCCACCCAGGGGCUGGUGGAAGCUGGUGGGAGACACAGAUCUCACACUGCCACCAAAUGGAGACUUCUCCGUGACGAUAUCCCCGAUGAGGGGCUGGAGGACAGGACGUGUCAUGCCCAUGGCAGGCGAGGGGGAGAUUGUGUGUGUGUGUGUGUGUGAGUGUGUGGGGG